AUGAAGGCGCGCUGGCACCCCCUCGAAUUCCUUUCCUCGCCCUUUGAUCCCACUCUUGCAUAUGUUUCAUCGUCUGUCCCUAUUCUUCGCCGUCCAAUCAUUCUCGCCUCAGUUCGUCUUCUGCUCGCACUUUACGCCCUUGUAACCCUCCUGGUAUCUCUCGUAUGGGCGGGCGUGGUUCUUCAUGAUGUCGACGGUUAUUUCUCCUAUUUCACCCAUCUCACCUACAUCGGACUCUGCUCAUAUUUCUUUGCCUCCGGUGUGCAGACGCUUGUGUAUGCACGGAACGGCACGUAUCUCCUCCGGACCUGGCCAUUCUCCAAGACGUUGCAAUUCCUGCACAUAUGGCUCCACUCGACCGUCGUGACGUUCCCGUUCGUGGUCACCAUCACAUUUUGGGUUCUUUUGUCAUCUCCAAGCACGUUUUCUUCCACUUUUGACACUUGGAGCAACAUCUCUGUACACGCCCUCAAUUCUCUGUAUGCUCUUUUCGAGGUCCUUCUCGCCAAUACUCCGCCGCCUCCGCCAAUCUUCCUGCUAGCCAAUAUCGUUCUGUUGGGAGCCUAUCUUGGGGUCGCGUACAUAACCCAUGCAACUCAAGGGUUUUACACGUACGACUUCCUUGAUCCUCAGCAACAAGGAUCUUUUCUUGCGGCGUACAUUGUUGGUAUCGCCGUGGGGUAUAUAGUUGCAUUUGGGGUCGUGUUUGGGAUCAUGGUGAUUAGGCGACGGGUUGCAAGCAAGGUAAAGUACAACAAGGUCGAGGGUGAGAAGGAGAUGAUGGCUCGCCAGGUUCAGGCUGACCGCGAUGUUGAGGGACCACAGGAUGGUAAUCGCUGGUAG